AUGGAGCGGAAUAUCGAUAUCUAUGCCACCAAGUUGGGUGACGAGAGGCUUGAUGUGAAGGUACGAGCCAACGUCGCGACCGAGCUGCGGGAUAGCAUUGAGCCACUAUGUUCUGGUGCCAACUAUCCCAUAUUCCUUGCCAAACUAUGGCCCAUCUUCAAAACCAUUCUGUCUGGAGAGCCAGUUUUCUUCAGCAUGUCAUAUGAACAGAAACUCCGCAAUUGCAUUCUCGAAACCCUCCAUCGUUUACCGACAGCUUCACCUGAUGUUGAACCCUAUGCUGCAGACAUGGUUGACCUGCUCAUGGACCUCGCACGAAUUGAAAACGAAGAUAAUGCGGUAUUGUGCAUGAAGACGAUCAUGGAUUUGGAACGCAACCAAGCGAAGGCCACCACGGCGCGGGUGCAGCCAUUCUUGGAGCUCAUUCAAGAGAUGUUCCAGACCAUGGAGCAGGUGGUUCGGGAUACAUUCGACACUCCAAACCAAGCAACUCCCUCUGGAAUGCCGUCAACGCCCAACGCAAGCGCUCAGAACUUCCAAUCCCCACGACCAAGCUCUCCAGCUACAUCUGUUUCAGACUUAGGUCCAGAGCAGCAGUCAAGCAAUGUUAUACUAAAAGGCAUGCAGUCUUUUAAGGUCUUGGCUGAGUGCCCGAUCAUUGUCGUUUCAAUCUUCCAGACCCAUCGCGCUUCCGUUGCAGCCAACGUUAAGCUUUUUGUUCCGCUGAUCAAGACGAUUUUGCUGUUGCAAGCCAAGCCCCAAGAAAAAGCGCAUACUGAUGCUGCUGCCCAAGGCACAAUAUUUACAGGGGUUUGCAAGGAGAUUAAGAACAGAGCCGCAUUUGGGGAGUUCAUUACUGCUCAAGUGAAGACGAUGAGCUUUUUGGCUUACCUGCUUCGUCUAUAUGCCCACCAGUUGCAAGAUUUCCUUCCCACACUGCCAUCCGUUGUUGUGCGCUUACUUCAAGAUUGUCCACGUGAGAAGUCUGGUGCUCGAAAGGAGCUCUUGGUUGCCAUCCGACACAUCAUAAACUUCAACUACCGCAAGAUAUUCCUUGAGAAGAUUGAUGAGCUUCUGGACGAAAGAACACUUAUUGGUGAUGGUCUUACUGUUUAUGAGACUAUGAGACCUUUGGCGUACAGCAUGCUUGCUGACCUCAUUCACCACGUACGCGACCACCUCAGCCGAGACCAGAUUCGCCGAACCGUUGAAGUCUAUACGAAGAAUCUUCAUGAUGACUUCCCGGGUACCAGCUUUCAGACCAUGAGCGCCAAGCUGCUCCUCAACAUGGCGGAGAAGAUUUCAAAGCUGGAAGACAAACGCGAGGCUCGUUAUUUCCUCAUAAUGAUUCUGGAUGCCAUUGGUGACAAGUUUGCUUCGAUGAACCACCAGUUCAACAAUGCCGUCAAGGUUUCCAAGGCUUACAAGGAAUCUCGGAAGGACGAUGACACAACGCCAGAGAAUUACCUUGCUGAGAAAGAUCAAGCGCCGGACUGGGAUGACAUUGACAUCUUCUCUGCCUCUCCCAUCAAGACCUCCAGUCCUCGUGAUCGCGGUGGAGAUCCCGUCUCAGAUAACAUCUUCCUCUUCAGAAACCUCAUCAAUGGCCUGAAAAACAUUUUCCACCAAUUGAAGAAUUGCAAUCCAGAUGAUGUUCAGAUUGACCCCAAUAGUGUCCCUAUCAAUUGGUCCGAGGUUUCUUAUGGAUACAAUGCCGAAGAAGUUGGAGUCAUCAAAAAGCUCUUCCAUGAAGGUGCUAGAGUCUUCCGCUACUAUGGCGUGGACCAAUCUCCCCCCGAAAUGAAUUACUCCUCCCCAUUCGACUUCCUCGCAAGCCAAUACACAGCUCCCAUGUCUCGAGAAGAGAAAGAGCUUCUGGAGAGUUUUGGCACUGUUUUCCACUGCAUCGAUACGGCAACCUUCCACGAAGUUUUCCACUCGGAGAUUCCAUACCUACAUGAGCUCAUGUUUGAGCAUGGAGCUCUCCUUCACCUUCCACAAUUUUUCCUGGCUAGUGAGGCGACUUCACCUGCAUUCUCUGGUAUGGUUUUGCAGUAUUUGAUGGAACGCAUUGACGAGGUUGGAACUUCGGAUAUGACGAAGGCGAAGAUUCUACUGAGAAUGUUCAAGCUCUCCUUCAUGGCAGUCACGCUGUUUUCCGUUCAGAACGAGCAGGUGCUUCACCCCCAUGUGACAAAGAUCGUGACGAAGUGCAUCGAGCUAUCAGUCACAGCCGAAGAACCGAUGAAUUAUUUCCUGCUCUUGCGCUCUCUUUUCCGCAGCAUUGGUGGAGGUCGGUUCGAGCUUCUCUACAAGGAGAUCCUUCCUCUGCUGGAGAUGCUCCUCGAGACGUUUAACAACUUGCUGAUGGCCGCUCGAAAGCCCCAAGAGCGGGAUCUUUAUGUGGAGCUUACUCUCACCGUCCCUGCAAGACUUAGCCAUCUGCUCCCCCAUCUAAGUUAUCUGAUGCGUCCUAUCGUGGUGGCCUUGCGUGCGGACUCAGACCUGGUUGGGCAAGGGCUGCGGACAUUGGAACUCUGCGUGGACAAUUUGACAGCCGACUAUCUUGACCCCAUCAUGGCUCCUAUCAUGGAUGAAUUAAUGACAGCUCUUUGGGAUCACCUGCGGCCCCACCCAUACAAUCAUUUCCAUGCCCACACCACCAUGAGAAUUCUUGGAAAGCUUGGUGGACGCAAUCGCAAGUUCCUGAACCAUCCGCCAGAACUGUCCUUCCAACAGUACUCUGAUGACAACCCCAGCUUCGACAUUCGUCUCAUCGGCCCGGGUGAGAAGCGGCCUUUUCCCGUUGAUACCGGCAUUGAUUUGGCCAUCGGCAAGCUAAUGGAGGCUCCUAAAACGGAUUCCGGCAAAGCUUCUGAUCUCUAUUACAAGCAGCAGGCUUUCCGCAUGCUAAGCUCGCACCUCAAGCUGCAGAUUGGAUUUGAGAACCUCCCCGAUGAUCUCGCUUCUCUGAUUCGACUCCAUGCGAAUGACCUCUUCGAAAGCAAAGCCAGUGCUAUGGUUGAUAUUCUUGAGAAAUCGGAGAGAGCGGCGUCCAUCCCAAAGAAGGUGGGACAAGAAGCCACUGUUAAGAAGCUCCUAAAGGCCUGCAUCUUUGCCACAACCAUUCCUGACCUUGAGCCCGCUGCAUCUGCCUUCGUGGCUGAUGUUUGCAAGCACUUCGCCAUUGUUGAGGUUGGCCGAGCUCUUUCUCAAGCCCGUCACAACCGUAAACCUUUUGAUGUGGCAAAUGGAGAAGGCCCUGUCUACCUGGACUCACGAGUCCUGGCUGAUGCUAUCGUUGAGACCCUUUCUUCCGAUAAUGUCCACGUCCGGGAAGCUGCUGAGCAGGCUAUGCAGGUUGUAAAGGACGCCGCCGGUGUCAUUUUUGGUGCUCCCGAGAAGGCAUCAAAGCUUCCAUUUUUCCAGCAUCUUGGCCGCGUGUUCUGCCACAGUUGCUAUAGUGAAGAAUGGUUCACAAAGGCUGGUGGAAGCUUGGGCAUUCAGCUCCUUGCUACCAAGCUGGAUCUUGGGGAGUCUUGGCUUUAUGAGCGCCAUGUUGAUUUCUCGCGGGCUCUGAUGUAUGUCAUCAAGGAUACGCCUUCAGAUCUUCCUGCGGCUACCCGUGUCCAGUCCCAGGAGACAAUGACUUUGAUCCUUCAGCGGUGUGGAAAGAUUAUCCCGAAGGAUGAUUUGAAAAACGAGAAGAGCCGUCUAUUUGCUCUUUGCGGUUUCUUUGUCACUGAGCUUGGUCAUAUGAACAAGCAUGUUCGAGAAACAUCGCGCCGCUGCUUUGCCACAUUGAAGGAAGAACUCGGCUGUGAAGUGCAUGAGCUCAUCUUUCCUGUGAAGGACCGUCUUCUACAGCCAAUUUUCAACAAGCCACUCCGAGCACUACCUUUUGCUACUCAAAUUGGCUUCAUCGAUGCCAUCACAUACUGCUUGGGCCUGCACAACGACAUCGUCACCUUCAAUGACCCCUUGAACCGCUUGAUGUUGGAGUCUCUUGCUCUGGCUGAUGCAGAUGAUGAAUCACUCGCCUCCAAGCCAAAUGAAUUCAGGAACGCGGAUAUGAUUGUCAAUCUGCGCGUUGCUUGUCUGCGGCUUCUAUCCAUGGCAAUGAACUUCCAGGAAUUUGCCAACACACCACAGAACACCAGUCGUGCUAGAAUCAUUUCAGUGUUCUUCAAAUCACUUUACUCUCGUUCUCCCGAAGUGAUCGAGGCUGCCAAUGCUGGUCUGAAGGACGUUCUCACUCAGACCAACAAGCUACCAAAGGACUUACUGCAAAAUGGCCUGCGCCCCAUUCUGAUGAAUCUGCAAGAUCCCAAGCGUCUAAGUGUUGCUGGUCUUGAUGGCUUGGCCCGCCUCUUGACUCUCUUAACCAACUACUUCAAGGUCGAAAUUGGCGCUCGUCUUCUGGACCACAUGAAGGUCAUUGCAGAUGACGCUAUGUUGCAAAAAGUAUCCUUCAGCCUUGUCGAGCAGAAUCCUGCCAUGAAAAUUGUAGCUGCCAUUUUCAACAUCUUCCAUCUUCUCCCCCCAGCUGCCACCUCAUUCAUGGAACAUCUAGUCAACAAAGUCCUCGACCUUGAGAAGAAGCUGCGAAGAACCUCUCACAGCCCCUUCCGCAAGCCUUUGGUUAAAUACCUGAAUCGCUACCCAAAGGAAAGUUUGACAUUUUUCUUUGCACGAUUCAAGGACGAGCGAUUUGGUCGCUUCUUCGGGCAAAUUCUGGCCGACCCUGAGAGUGAAGCACUGCGUAAUGCUGUGGUCGCUGACAGUGAAACUUUCCUCUCAACUGCAUUCGCACAGGAUGCAACAGAUGGUAAAAACACAGCUGCCAUCAACGGAAUCUACGUCGCGCAUGCGCUCUGCUCAUACGACUCCAGCAAGAGAUGGGUAGAACAGGCCGAGGACCAGCUAAUGGAUAUUUUCACUACGUACUUGGCUGAGGCUGCGCAUGACCUGGACUUCCUGUUCGAAGUCAUUGAUGGAUUGUCUGCAGAUGAGCUGAAGCGCACCCUCGCUCUGCCCAAGUUCAUCUAUCGGCACAUUAUCACCAACGAGUCGAUUGACUACCGACGCUCUGUCAUCAUGCGUUGUCUCGACCUAUACGGCCAGCGGGCUUGCUCGCAGAAGACCAAGACUUAUGCAUUCCGCAAUCUGGUCAACCCAAUCCUUGCAAUGGAUGUACAGACUACGUGGGGUAGCUCCCCAAACACUCCCAAGUUGAUGGACAAGAGCAUGACGGAGUCCAUUCAGAGCCGUGUGUGGAAGCCUCAGUUGGCAGACCUCAGCGAAGAGUCCAAUCAAGCUGGAGUUGAUCACUCACGUAUGGAACUGCUGCAGCUUUCGGCUCUGUUGAUCAAGUAUCACCACUCUACUGUGCAAGACUCGCGCAAGGAUAUCAUCAAGUUUGCUUGGAAUUAUAUUCGUCUUGAGGACAUCAUCAACAAGUACGGUGCCUAUGUUCUAAUCAGUUACUUCAUCGCGCACUACGAGACACCCUUCAAGAUUGUGAUCCAGGUGUAUGUUGCCUUGUUAAGAGCCCACCAAAACGAAGGACGAGCCCUUGUCACUCAAGCACUUGAUGUUUUGGCUCCUGUGCUCCCUACUCGAACUGCAGGCAACCAAGGACCCGAAGCACGCUAUCCCCUGUGGGCCAAAUGGCCUCGCCGCAUCUUGGCGGAGGAGACCGCCAACUUACAGCAGGUUAUGAGCAUUUUCCAGUUCCUGGUGCGACAACCUAAUCUUUUCUACGAGUCACGCGAGCAUUUCGUGCCUCUUAUUGUUCCGUCCCUUGUUAAGAUUGCUGGUCCGCCAAACACAUCCAAUGACAGCAAAAAGCUCGCACUGAAACUCAUCGGGUUGGUUUGGCACUGGGAAGAAAGGCGAGCGCAAGCGGCAGAUGCCAACAGCAGUGGACUUCUGGACUCUCCCAACACGAAGAAGCGGAAGCUCGAAGAAGCGCAGGACACAUCCUCCCCUGCGUUGGCGCCUCCACCGAGCCGAGGUGGAUCAUCUGAUUACACCGUUCCCGCUGAACUUCGUGCUGCUCUCAUUAAAUACCUUAUCUCUUUUAUCACGACUAUCCCCGAACGCUUCGUGGUUCCAGCUGCGGAGAUUCGUCAACUGCCAUCUUCCAAGCAGACACCGCCCGUUCCUACUGGUGACAUGGUCAAUAAGGCCGUGAACCUCCUCAGAAACCUUCUUUCGCCGGAAUACUGGGGAGACAUUGACAUUGAUCUGUAUCAGAAAGUGACAGAACCCAUUCUAGCAGGCGAGAAGGCCGAUAAACCAGAUGAAAAGCAUGUUACAGCCAUGGUGAACACGCUUCAGGUCCUUCGUGUUCUAAUUGCAGCAAAGUCCAAUGAGUGGAUCGCAGCUCGCCUCCCCGCCAUUCAGAAGCUUCUUGAGAAGCCAUUGAAAUCUGACAACCCGGAGAUCCAAGAUUGUCUUCAUGGCCUGGAAGAUGAGAUGGAUAUCUCCCCUAAGCUACCGCCUCCCGUUCGUCGUGUUCUCGAAGCUAUACCGGAUGACGCACCAGAUGACGAGGAUGCAAUGGACACUGAAAGCACCGCAUCCGAGUUUGCUACUUAUCUGUCUGCGAUCGCUACCGAAACACUUUCCGCUAGCAACUAUGUGUCAAGCCUGAACACGCUCUGGACACUUUCAAAGCAUAAGCCUGCUGAGAUCGAUACGCACAUUCCUGCUGUGAUGAAGGCAUUCUCUCAAAAGCUUGCCAAGGAACAUGUUGCGGCAUCGACUCAACAAAAUGGUGCACAGCUCCAGAACGGCGCAGCAAAGCCUGCCGAAGGUGUUCCAGACCAACAGGAGACUGAAAUCGGCGUUGACCUUAUUUUCAAGACAAUCGAAUUGAUCUCUGUGCGCAUGUCUCACCUUGGAGAUCAACGACGCCCAUUCUUGAGCGUGUUGGCAUCAAUUGUGGAACGUUCGCAAAACAUCAAGCUGUGUAGCAAGGUCUUGGGUAUGGCAGAGGAAUGGAUAUUCCACUCGACCGAGUCCUGGCCGACUCUGAAGGAGAAGACCGCAGUCUUGCAUAAGAUGCUGCUGUUUGAGUCACGGCCUGAUCAAACGAUGCUGAAGAAGUUCCUUGACCUUGUAAUCCGUAUUUACGAGGACUCCAAGAUUACUCGUACCGAGUUGACCGUCAGGCUUGAACAUGCUUUCUUGAUCGGAACCAGAGCGCAGGAUGUUGAAAUGCGUAACCGAUUCAUGAGCAUUUUUGACCGAAGUUUGACUCGCCUGGCCUCCUCACGGUUGAGCUACGUGCUCACUUGUCAAAACUGGGAUACCCUUGCGGACUCUUUCUGGCUGGCCCAGGCCUCGCAUUUGAUUCUUGGAUGUGUGGAUAUGAACGCUACUGCCCGCUUGCAUCCAGAUGACUUCAAGUUGUAUCCCCUGACCUUCCUUUUCGCUGGAGGUGAAAAGGACCCAAGGAAGUCGGAUAUCAUGGUCGACAACCAGCUGGAAACUUUUGUUGCUGAACGCAGGCGUUUCAUGUCUGAAGUUGGUGACGUGAAGGUACGCGAUUUGAUUGAGCCUCUGUGUCAACUGCAGCACACCGACCCUAGCGUCUCUUAUAAGCUCUGGACGACGCUGUUUCCUAUUUACUGGUCCACAUUGUCCAAGGACGACCGCCUGGAUCUUGAGAAGGGAAUGGUCACAUUGCUUACUCGAGAGUACCACCAGAGACAGUUGGACAAGCGCCCUAAUGUCGUGCAAGCCCUAUUGGAAGGUUGUGUGCGUGCCCGUCCCCGGUUCAAGGUUCCUCCCCAUGUUAUGAAAUACCUCAGCCGUACCUACGAUGCCUGGUACACUGCCGCUACCUACCUGGAGGAGAGUGCCAUCAAUCCUAUCAUUGACACUGCUACUGUCCGUGAAAGCAACCUCGACGCCUUAGUGGAAGUCUAUGCUGGUCUCCAGGAAGACGAUUUCUUCUAUGGCACGUGGCGACGCCGCUGUAAAUUUGUUGAAACCAAUGCAGCUCUGUCCUAUGAGCAGCAGGGCAUGUGGGAUAAAUCUCAACAGCUCUAUGAGAAUGCGCAAAUCAAAGCCCGCUCCGGAGCUAUGCCAUUCUCCCAGGGUGAAUACUUUGUGUGGGAAGAUCACUGGUUGAUCUGCGCCCAGAAGCUUCAGCAGUGGGAGAUCUUGAGCGAUUUUGCCAAGCACGAGAACUUGAAUGACCUGUUGCUUGAGGCUGCUUGGAGAAACAUUGAAAAUUGGCAGAGCGAGGGCAAUCGCGAACAGCUAGAAUCUUUGAUCAAGUCUGUUUCCGAUGCUCCUACCCCGCGACGAACAUUUUUCCAGGCUUUCAUGGCUCUCCUUCAGUACCACACGAAGAAAGAGAAUUUGCAAGACUUCAAUAGCGUCUGCGAUGAAUCUAUCCAGCUUUCUAUUCGGAAGUGGCUGCAAUUACCCAAGCGAAUCACCAAUGCCCACAUUCCCAUCUUGCAGCACUUCCAGUUGCUCGUUGAGCUGCAUGAUGCUAGUCAUAUUUGCGGCAGCUUGGCCCAAACCAAUGAGCGCAACUUGGAUACCAAGAGCGCUGAGUUGAAGCUUCUUCUGGGGACCUGGCGGGACCGCUUGCCCAAUCUAUGGGAUGACAUAAACACUUGGCAGGAUCUUUCUUCUUCCCCCCAGACCAACAAUGUCGCCAGCAAUUCCUAUGCCUACCGUGGAUACCACGAGACCGCCUGGAUUAUCAAUCGGUUUGCUCACGUCGCCCGCAAGCAUCAGAUGCCGGAGGUGUGUAUCAACCAGCUAAGUCGGAUCUACACACUGCCAAACAUCGAAAUCCAAGAGGCGUUCCUCAAGUUGCGUGAACAGGCCAAAUGCCAUUACCAGAACCCGAAGGAACUCAACAGUGGAUUGGAUGUUAUCAAUAACACCAAUCUCAACUACUUCGGGCCUCAGCAAAAGGCUGAGUUCUACACUCUGAAGGGCAUGUUCCUUGCGAAACUUGAUCAUGUCAACGAGGCCAACGAGGCAUUCGGUGUUGCUCUCUACUACGAUCUUCGUCUUGCAAAGGCCUGGUCUGAGUGGGGACAGUAUAGCGACCAGCGUUUCAAGGCAGAUCCGACAGACUACGAGCUGGCUAGCAAUGCAGUCAGCUGUUAUCUGGAGGCAGCUGGUCUUUACAAGAGUGCGAAGUCGCGAAAGCUGCUCAGCCGUAUUCUGUGGCUUCUAAGCUUGGACAAUGACGAAGGCCAGAUCGCAAGCGCUUUCGAGAACUUCAAGGGAGACACGCCAGUUUGGUACUGGAUAACAUUUAUUCCUCAACUUCUUACCAGCUUGUCUCACCGCGAAGCACGCCUAUGCAAGGCUGUUCUUGUGAAGAUCGCCAAGCUGUAUCCGCAAGCACUGUUCUUCUUGCUUCGCACUAACAGGGAGGACAUGUUGAGCAUCAAGAAGCAGCACGAUCAAAAGCAAGAGAAGCUAAACCGUGCCAAACAACAGCAGCAACAGUCCUCCUCCCCGAGUCAGAAGCCUGCUGCAAACGGUGAAGCUUCACCUGCACAGAAACCGCCAACCAGUGUACCGGCGCCCAGUGCCUCUCCAGCCAACCAGGCAGCAAAUCUCACAACAGCUCAGUCGCCUGCUCAAAACCAGUCGGCCCAGCAGUCACCUGCUCAACCUCCAAGCCAGCUGCAAGCGUCUCCACUUCAAAAUUCGACCCCUGGUCAACCUCAAGCUCUUCAGCCUCAGGGAGCCCAAGGACACUUGCAAGUUCCAGGCCAGAAUGGAGCUCAGCAACCUGGCACUUCUACCACCGAGCCGGAGAAAGAGCCUCUCAAGAAGCCUUGGGAGUACUCGGACGAAAUCAUGUCUGGCCUCAAGACAGCGUUCCCACUGCUUGCUCUGUCCAUGGAGACGAUGGUUGACCAGAUUCAUAAGAAUUUCAAGUGUCCUCCAGACGAGGAUGCUUACCGGCUUAUCGUCGCUCUUCUCAACGAUGGACUGGCCUAUGUUGGACGCAUGCCCGUGUCGUACGCCCAGGACUUCAAACUGCCCACUGCGACAGAAGCCAACAUUACCCGAUUCGCGGAGACAAUUCUUCCGGCGCAUAUCCGCAAGUCGUUCGAGGCAGACUUUGUCGUCAAGAAGCCCACUAUGCAUGAGUACAUCCACAAGCUGCGUCGCUGGCGUGACAAGUUCGAGGAGAAGCUGGACCGCCGACCUCAGUCUGGAAACCUUGAGAAUUACUCCCCGCACCUUAGCGAGUUCCGCUUCCUCAAGUUUGACGAGGUUGAAGUUCCUGGACAGUACCUCCUGCUUAAAGACAAGAACCAAGACUUUGUUCGCAUUGACCGUUUCCUUCCCGAUGUGGACCUGGUACGGGGCAUUGGUGUCUGUCACCGUCGUCUUAAGAUUCGCGGACACGAUGGUAGCAUCCAUGCUUUCGCUGUUCAGCAUCCUGCAGCACGUCACUGCCGACGUGAGGAGCGCAUUCUUCAACUUUUCAGAAUCUUUAAUGGCUUGUUAGCCAAGCGCAAGGAAAGCCGUCGUCGUAACCUGUACUUCCACCUUCCUCUCAUGGUGCCUCUGGCUCCGCAUAUCCGCCUGGUUCGCGACGAUUCUUCGUACAUCUCCAUGCAGGGUAUUUAUGAGGAUUACUGCAGACGUGUUGGCAUGAACAAGGACGAGCCGGUGCUCUUCACUAUGGACAGAAUGCGGUCUGUGCACGAGACGAUUAAGAAUGUAAGUUUCCUGUCCGAUGUUUCCCUGAUCCAAGCUAAUCCCUGCCAGCGCACUCCCGACCAAGUUCAGGUUGUUCGUACUGAGAUCUUGACAGCCAUCCAAGACAAAUGGGUUCCCAGUACCGUUGUUUUGGAGUAUUUCCAGCAGACCUAUCCCAACUUUGCCGACUUCUGGUUGUUCCGACGCCAGUUCGCUUACCAGUACGCGGCGGUUGCCUUCAUGACCUACAUCAUGCACAUUGGAAACCGUUACCCCAACAAGAUCCUAGUCUCUCGCUCGACGGGCGACAUCUGGGGCGCCGAAUUGAUUCCUACCAUCAACCCUGCCAAGGCAAUCUUCUACAACCCCGAGCAGGUGCCAUUCCGCUUCACGCCGAAUAUUCAAACCUUGCUCGGCCCCAUCGCCACCGAGGGUGUGUUUGCCUGUGCUAUGAUGGCGAUUUCGCGCUGCUUGACGGAGCCGCGCCACGAGCUAGAGCAGCAGCUCAGCAUUUUUGUGCGCGACGAAAUGAUGUUCUGGGCCACUGCUCAACACCGCGGUAGCCUGCCUGUGCCCCAGCUCCGUGAGCUGGUGAACAACAACAGUGAGAUCAUUGUGAACCGUGCUGUUAGCCUUGCCAGUCCUCCUGAGGGUAAUCUGCCUGCCAAUCAAACCACGAUUGAUUUGAUCUCCAAGGCAGUCAAUCCCCAGCACCUGGCUUCGUGCGAUGCGUUGUGGAUGCCUUACCUCUAG